GUUUCUCAUCACCAAGGUGUCUCUCAUCGAGCCUCGCUUGAACCAUAUGGACGUUACCAUUGCAAAGAUUGAACGGAACAUAGCUCUGGCGGGCAUCAGUCUCAACGACGACACGGCUCAAGGUAGAGACCCAUCCCGUUCGCCAGUACGGGGUGGCUGCGUUCCAUCCAACACGACAGCGCUCUUCAAGGAACUGGCCCAGAUCACGGGGCAGCUGAAAGUAAUCUCAGACCAGCAGCGUCACUGCCAGGACAUGCUAAGGGAACUGCAGAAUUACACCGCCCUCAGCAGCAACAAAAUAAUGAAUAAGAUAGACGAAGGACCCGCGUUCCAACAACCGGCAGUUACAAUCCAGACCACGAAGCCAGUGCUUGUAAGCAAGACUGAAGCCGUGUCUCCAGGAACAUUUGGUGCUUUCAGUGCCUUCAAUGAUAAAGUCAAGCAACAAUUUCUGGUUCCCAUAGUUGAAGUGAAGAACAAUCAUCGGUCACCAUCAGGUUCAGCACAUGGGAAAGGGUCGGUGUUCCACGCGGACAGCGCGGUGAUUGCUGGCAAGAGAGAGGACAGGCUGUCGCACUUUUUAGCUGAUCUCUUUGGAGACAGACAUAACAUCGCCAAAUAUUUACGCCAGGCAACGGAUCUCAUGAAGAAGGGCACGGAAACGCCGCUGCAACAUGGCAAGGAAUACCUGGACAACUUAGCAGCGGAAAUGAAGCGCCUGUCCAACAUAAAGUCAUCCGUGUCCUUGUCGUCUGCUACUGCACGGAACCUCCAGUUCGCCGUGUACAUGGAAGACAACUACGCACCUCUUCGAACCACGACAGCCAGCUUGACGCGCACUUUGGGAAAACUGGAGAGAGAGAUCUCCCCGCUCAUAUCACAGUUUGAUCUCACUGUUGACAACAUGAAGACUGUUUUUAACGAACUGAGCACCGCACUCAACGGAACUGUCGUGGGAGAUUCGUAUUAUGUUUCUGUUGACGAAGACGACCUCUGGUAACUUAGGUUGCACGCAGGACGUUGAGAGAAGCGGUCUGCUGAAAUCCUUAUCAUCGUUGUUAGUCAUUUUUGCAUCUACUAGCAAUGCGGAAUGUGAUGUAUGCGCAUGCAGAGAGAGCAUACAGCGAGCUAAGAGUGAACAUUAAGCCUUUGUGAGAAAACUACCACUUAUGCGUUGCGAUUGGCUCUAGUUUCAUAUCACUUUUUAUGAACGUAAGCUUAACAAUAACUUUAUAACUUUAUUUUGAAAUGAUGAAUGGGGGUUUCAACGUAAGCUUGCCUAUCAUUGAGUACAUGGAGAAUGAGCGAACUACCUAUACCAUCGGAGGGAGAGGCAGAAGACGAGAAAGCCUGUGGCAUCCCCAAGCAGAGCCGUCGCGAGGCGAGAUUGCGCCCGAGGCAGGGCAGAUCUGAAUCGCCCCCCCCCUAUUCCCUCCCUUACUGCCGUCAGAAGCCUUGCAAACAAAGAAAAGAAAACGCCCAUUUACACUACCGAGACGGUCAAUUCAAAUUCUCUUAAUUCCUACUUUAUACUGUUCAACCAACCUGCCAGGGCUUGCCGUUCAGCGCCCUCUCUGGCGAGUGCGCCUUGGGCGGCUGCCCCUCUCGCGCCCCCGUCGCUACGGCUCUGUC